AUGAUUACUUUUAUGAAGAAGCUGGCAGCAGAGAUGGGCCAGGACCAAACUAAGCAGCAAAUUGAGAAAGGCCUGAAGCUGUACCAGACUAACCAGACGGAUCGGGCUCUGCAGACUUGGACCCGAGUCCUGCAGAAGACCUCCGAUCCUGGAGGAAAGUUCAGGGUGCUGGGCUGUCUGAUCACAGCUCACUCUGAAAUGGGCAAAUACAAGGACAUGCUGAUGUACGCCUUGGAGCAGAUAGACACUGCUCGGGAGAUGGAGGACCCUGACUACCUGACGGAGGGCUACCUGAACCUGGCGCGCAGUAACGAGAAACUGUGCGAGUUCCAGAAGACUGUGUCCUAUUGUAAGACAUGUUUAAACAUGCAGGGCACCACGGUUAGUCUACAGCUCAAUGGCCAGGUGUGUCUGAGUAUGGGAAAUGCCUUCCUGGGGCUCAGUGUCUUCCAGAAGGCCUUGGAAAGCUACGAGAAGGCCCUACGCUACGCUCACAACAAUGACGACAAGAUGCUCGAGUGCCGAGUCUGCUGCAGUCUCGGGAAUAUCUACAUACACCUCAAGGACUACGAGAAGGCCCUGUUCUUCCCCUGUAAAGCAGCUGAACUGGUCAAUGACUAUGGCAAAGGCUGGAGCCUUAAGUAUCGCGCCAUGAGCCAGUACCACAUGUCUGUGGCCUACAGGAAACUGGAGCGCCUGCCUGACGCCAUGGAGUGUUGCGAGGAGUCUAUGAAGAUCGCACUGCAGCACGGCGACCGCCCUCUGCAGGCUCUGUGUCUGCUCAACUUUGCAGACAUCCACCGCUGCAGACGAGAUGUGGAUAAAGCAUUCCCUCGGUAUGAGUCUGCUCUGGGCAUCAUGACUGAGAUCGGGAACCGCCUGGGACAGGUCUAUGUGUAUUUGGGAGUGGGAAAGUGCUGGCUGCUGCAGAAGGACUAUGAUAAGGCCCUAGAUUCUUUGCAGCGAGCACAGCAGCUAGCAGAUGCAAUAGGAAAUAAGCUGUCCACACUGAAGGUGCACUGCAUCAGCGAGGGCAUCUACCGGAGCAGGGGGCAGCAGGAAGAGCUCCGGGAGCAGGUUGUGAAGUUCCUGCAGUGUGUGGAGGAGCUGGAGCUGUACUGUGGCAUGUGUGGAGAGAGCAUUGGGGACAGAGACCAGAAACUGCAGGCCCUGCCCUGCUCACACAUCUUCCACCUCAAGUGUCUAGAGACCAAUGGCACAAAGGGUUGUCCGAAGUGUUUCAAAUCAUCUAUGAAGCCUGGAUUUGUGUGAGAUUUUUCUGGCAUUUCACUUGGAUCUGCCUGACGGGGGCGGUGUAGAGCCUCUGAUUCUCUGGAGCUCAUUAGCUCAGGCCUGCCUCAGACUUGGCUCAGUCUGUAGAUGCCCUGUGACUGUGGACAGCAGCACACAUGAACCCACUAAAGCCACUACAGAACGUUCAGAGAAGGAAGGACUGAUGUGUCUCUAUACACACACAUGCCACAGAGCUGGGGUCUCUUUGUAUUGUUCAGAGGGGAAAAAGCAUUUACACUCUAUUUUUUGGACUACAGUUAGCCUCGUAGCAUAAUUGUCUAAGUAAGUUUUUUGGUAAAAAAAAAAAAAAGAAAAAAAGAA